AUGACUGGGAGAGGCAUAUCUGCAAUCGUCCGUGACGCAUACACGUUCAUCUGCCAUAAUUACUUGGGUGAACAGGACGAGAUAAUCCUGAUAGGAUUCUCAAGAGGUGCAUUCGCUGUGCGAUGUGUAGCAGCCUUCAUUACGGAGAUUGGCCUGCUUCGCAAAACAGGACUGAACUACCUCACCAAACUGUACAGACUGUGGUCCAAGCAGCGAAAAAUGGACUUACCGCCCGAGGAAAUCUUCACGAUCUCGGCUUCGCGGCCCAGCAAAGAGAUUUCCCAUACCUCCUCGUUAGCAUCGUUGAGGGCGGAGACCUCGAGAGCGGAAUCCUUGGAAUCCCUGCAGAGACGCCUAUGCAAGGAUGGCAGGCUUCACAAAGAUGUCCGUAUUAAGGUCUGCGCAGUGUGGGAUACUGUGGGUUCUCUGGGCCUUCCCAUGCCAGGCCCUAUACCGCAGAAAACGUCCAAAACGUUAUGUUUUGUGGAUUCAACUUUGCCUGAAAAGAUCGAAUUUGCUAUCCAAGCGCUUGCUUUGAACGAGCGCCGCAAGCACUUCCAACCAACUAUCUGGCAGGAUAAUGGGGUCACUGAACUCAAGCAGUGCUGGUUCUUGGGGGCUCAUAGCAAUGUUGGUGGCGGGUAUGAAGAUACCGGACUUGCGAACCUCGCAUUAGUCUGGUUUAUAGCUCAACUGGAGAAAUAUAUAUGCUUCGACCACACGGCGUUGCUUCAGAUGAGUUCUUCUCAUCGGACUGUGGGGGAGAGUGUGGCCAUAAAAGAGUUCAGAACAUCCAGUAUAAAAUCAGCUGUUGGUCCGGCUUCUUUGGGCCAUCCAAGCGCCAAUGCGUCUGCCUCGGACUAUCCAAGUCCUGAGCCAACUAGGAUGCAAAGGGCGAAAGAUUCGCUGAAAACCGUCAACAGUCGUGUCAUUCUAGUCUGUUGA